CUCAUAUUGGGAAAUUGAAAAAAAAUGAAACAGCUGAUUGAGCUCAUCAGCUGAUUUGCGUGGUCCUAUUGAAAUUUUCGGUUCGGCUCCGUGGAAGAAAUAAACGCAAAUUCUCUGUGCCCCCACAAUUUCGCACACUCAACGAAUUUCUGCACCGCAACUGAGUUGACCGUUCCCUCAUUAGCAAGAUGUCGAUGCUGGCCAGAACCGUUGGGCGCACCCUCAUGCAGGCUGCUGCUGCAAGGAGUGCUCAAUCCACCACCAGCGUUCGCAAGGAACAUUCGCAUGGUGCUGCCAACAGGACCACCUGCACACUGAUUCCCGGAGAUGGUGUAGGUCCGGAGCUGGUCUACUCCCUGCAGGAGGUUUUCAAGGCAGCUAGCGUGCCUGUGGAUUUCGAGUGCUAUUUUCUUUCUGAGAUCAAUCCCGUGCUGAGCGCGAAGCUGGAGGAUGUUGUCGCCUCCAUUCAGAAGAACAAAGUCUGCAUUAAGGGCAUUCUGGCCACUCCCGACUACAGCAAUGUGGGCGACCUGCAGACCUUGAACAUGAAGCUGCGUAACGACCUUGACCUCUACGCCAACGUUGUCCAUGUGCGCAGUUUGCCCGGCGUCAAGACCCGUCACUCCAACAUCGACACCGUCGUGAUCCGUGAACAAACCGAGGGCGAGUACUCUGCUCUGGAGCACGAGUCGGUUCCCGGUAUCGUAGAGUGCUUGAAGAUCGUCACUGCCAAGAAGUCCAUGCGCAUUGCCAAGUUCGCCUUCGAUUACGCCACAAAGAAUCAGCGCAAGAAGGUCACCGCCGUGCACAAGGCCAACAUCAUGAAGCUUGGUGACGGUCUCUUCUUGCGGUCCUGCGAGCAGGUCUCAAAGCUCUAUCCCCGCAUCCAGUUCGAGAAGAUGAUUGUGGACAACACCACCAUGCAAAUGGUGUCCAACCCCAAUCAGUUUGACGUUAUGGUUACCCCCAAUCUGUACGGUGCCAUCGUUGACAACCUGGCCUCCGGUCUCGUGGGUGGUGCUGGAGUCGUAGCUGGUGCUUCGUACUCAUCGGAGACGGUGGUCUUUGAACCGGGUGCACGUCACACCUUCGCCGGGGCCGUGGGCAAGAACCUGGCAAAUCCCACAGCCAUGCUGCUGUGCGGUGUCAAGCUGUUGCGCCACAUUAACUUGCCCACCUACGGCGAGGUCAUCCAGAACGCCAUCAACAAGGUGCUGGUCGACGGCAAGAUUCGCACCAAGGAUCUGGGCGGACAGUCCACCACGCAGGACUUCACCCGCGCCGUCAUCCUCAACAUGUCCUAGAUCAGCAAUAUUGACUCUCGACCACCACCUAGACCACUAGACAGUUCCAUUGUUGUUGCCGCAGCCCAAAAUUGAUUUGUCUAAAAGGAAAAGACGCCACAGGAUUUUCUUUCUGCCCCAUUUUAAGUUGCCUCCCCGAAUGCAUUUUGUUUUGAGUAUUAUUUCUUGGCGAAUAUCUAUGUUUAGUCCAAUUAUACCGCCCAGACCCGAAUUCUUAGUUUUACCAAUUGGCAGUACCCCCCCGAGUUUUGUAAUUAUUUACGUAUUAUUUUUUUCCUUCCCACUUAUUUUCGAAACCAAAUGGUCCUCUUAGGCGCAAUCGCAAAAAAACCUCAAACU